AACUGAGCCGCAGUUUCGUCGACGCGUAAUGGCUGAGUGAUGCGCCUGUCGGGUCAGAUGUGUGUGCUGUUGCUGGUGCUGGAAGCUUCGGCAGACAGCAUUUUGGUCCUUCAGUGUUUCUGCCACCAUCCCGAACUCCUGAGCGACCGGGGCAUUAUCACUACGGAAGCGGACUCUGACGUCAGGAGUUACUGUGACGCUGCUGCCGGCAUGAUCAUCAGCUUGAAUCGCAACACGACAUGUGAUGACGUCAUGCGCAACAGGACGUUCAGCACCACUGCCGGAGAGCUGGUGAGAAGAAUCGUGCAGAAAGGCACCAGGAAGCCUCAGAAGGACGCGUCGGUCCCAGGUCGUGACGUCUGUCAUGCUCUGCUGUCGAAGAUGAAACCCAUUUCCAAACCCAAAGUCAGAGCGUUGCUGUGCGAAGCUGCCUCUGCCGAACAAAGAGUCCCCUUCGUCCACUGGACGAACAAGACGGAAUGGAACGAGCAGGACCUUAAAAAUGACGACCAAAGGAAUUGUCUCGUCGAGCGAGUGCUGGAUAUCAACAGUCGCAUUUCAGAAGCCAUUACAAACAACGUCAUGUGUUACUAUCUGAACAAGGCGGAGUUCGACCUGGGCGAAAGCACGAUUGCCGCUGAGGCGAAGAUAUUGUCCGACAACUAUCAUCAGUACAUGACCACACUGGUUCAUCACCGCGCUGAGUUAGUAUCAUUCGGAAUAAACAACACUAUGCACAAUUUUGUCCCGCUCGCCCUCGAAGGGAUUGGUAGAACACUGCCUAAAGAGCGGCUGCCGGUUUGGGUGAGGCAGAUGGGAAAGCUUGCAGACUGGUUUCGUAUGAGAAUGAAUGCAGUGGUGGAAGACAUCGUUGCUAUAAAUGAGGAAAUGGACAGAAUAGAACUGGACGCCGUCGACCCAAAUCCGGGGCGUUACGCAUUUCCGCUAGCGCUGCUAAGUGAGCGAUUACUGACUUAUCAUAGACGGCCACUUCCUCUUCAAGAGGCGUUUGGAAAGCAAUGCGGAAAGCAGAUACCCGAGGGGCCUGAAAUGUUGCAGCUGAUUGAGACACUGCACAUGUAUCUUAUUAUUAACUGGUUCCAGCUAAUACCUUACAAUCGAGGAUUAACCUUAUCCAGAGAUUUUACGAUUAAAGGUGAAAAGUCGAUACUGGGCGACCAGAACAAUGUUGUCGUGUCUGUAGAUACUAGCUGUGUGCAGUUGAUGGUGGACAUGAUAGCUGUGCCCACAUGUCCAAUGGAGGAUCUACCUCAGGGGACCGUCAACAGACACAGAGAAUGUCGGACUCGCUUGACGAACAACCUCGUCCACAGGGUCUCACAUAUUCCAGUCACCAGUUACCUCGCCUACACGCAGAGGGUCAACAUAGAUAUCUGUCUGCUCUCGUGGAUAGUGUCCAAUGAAAGGAGCAUCUGUCACGACGUCCAUACCGGAAUCGUCAAAUCGGUGAACGAUAUGUACUGCGUACUUUCAAACUCGCGCGAGAAAGUUUGUGCGCAGCUCAAUGCCAAAGACGGCAUCUGCUCCAUUUCGAGAGCGAUAUUAUGGCUGAUGUGUCCGUCCUUCCACAGAGACAGCUUCGAGUCACUAUUCCCACGUCGAGACGACGUAAUGGUGUUUACCUUCGAUACGGGUCCAUAUAAAUGCGAACCGUACUGGCGGCCCUCAGAGUUUACCAGUAUCUACAAAUGGAGAAGGAACGUAGUGAAAUACUUGAGUCUCAAGACUGACUUCCUGCAGCCUUUAGAGGUUACACUAAUUUCUUUGAAUGUCGUCUUUCGAGUUUUAACUGCGGGAGUGUACGGUUGUAUCCCCAAACUACGUAACGUCCCCGGGAAGCUCUUGCUGUGCUUCCAGAUCGCGGGGUUGGUACAGAUCGUGCUCUCCGAGAUUGUCCACCGCUUUGCGAACGCCUUAGACCUUCCGACGACAGUGCAACUCGACAGCUCGCUCACCAUUCUCAGCUGCCUCUGGCUCAACUCGUUCUGUUACGAGAUGUUGAAGUGCGUUCGACAGCUCAGUCUUCCGGACCAAUUGAGCCAAGGCGAAGCCCGUCGAAUAUUCCGAAAGCACGUCUUGUGCGUGUCCAGUCUCUGGACUACGGUUUCCACUGCAAUGGUCGUUCUAGAGCGUGUGGACGACACGUACAUAUUCCAUAGCAGGGUACUUUUCUUCGUCGCCAUCUGCUUAUCGAUUCUCUUCAACUCAGUGGUACUCGUAAUGGUAUGGGACCUAUACCUUCGGAACCGGUCUUCUAUGAAGCAGCUGGAUGUUACUACGAAACUGAAGUUGGGCAGCAAGAGACGGUUAGCCUUCCUCAUAGCCAAGAUGUGUAUCUUCAGCGGGCUGGGCGUUUUUAUUCGCGUGGCCUUCCACCAGAUUGAAGGACUUCCACAGGCCAUUUACUAUGUCCAUCUGGUGAGCAUGCUUCAGGGCCCUGCCCUUUUCGUUCUGAUUGUCUGCAACGACACCACGCUCCCUCUCCUUAAGAACAGUCUAUUACAGUGGUGGAACCCAGGUGUCCAGAGACCGGGCCAAGAGCAGGGAUCUGCAGCAAUGAGGAACUGGCAGAGGCGCAAGCGACUCACGGAGGCUGACGCUGCAAAUACUGCAGUGUGAGUCUGUAUCAUGGGUCUUCAUAGCCACCUUU